AUGACUACAUCACCAACUCCAACCCAAGAAGAACGUAAAGGGACUCCAAACGAUGUUUCCAAUGCUACUGCUGUAUCAACAUCCGCUAAAGGUGGCCAAAACUUGACGGAGGAACGAGUAUCGAAUAUUGGUUGGUAUUUCAUCAAAUCGUACUAUGAUUUCUACAUUGCCAAAUUAGAUGUCAUUCAUAAAAUUUAUCAUGGUGAUGCAUCCAUUUUGCACGAUGCGUUCCCCGAAGAGGACAAGGACAAAAAGAAGAACGGGGAUGAUGGUGAGGAUGAGUUGACCACCUGUUAUAAAGCUAAAGGUACUGAUGCAAUCAAAAAAUGCUUUGCAGAACAUAUAUCUGGUGGAGGUAACGACAAGAACAGAAUUGUUAUUACCAGUGCUACUUUUCAAGUAUCAUUGGAAAAGAAUAUCAUUAUUGUUACAUUUGGAGAGUGGUCCAAAAAUGACUCGCCAUUUAAACAGUUUACUCAAACAUUUGUCUUGACACCAGGUAAAAGGGAGAGUACUUAUGAUGUUGCCAAUGAUGUUUUGAAAUUUGUGGAAAGUAAUGGAUUUAAGAAUAAUCAACAAGUGCAAGACGAUGUUAAGAAGGAGGAAAGUGUUGUCGUUGAUGAGAAACUGGCAGCGUCUGCAAUUGUUGAUGGCGAUGCAGUUGAGAAACAAAAGGAAACAGCUGCUGAACCAGAGAAAGAGAAGGUAGGUACAGAAGAGAAGGCAGAUAAAAAAGAGAAGGAUUUAGUACCAGAGGUUAAGAGAGAAGCGGAAGUCGAAAAGAAGGAACAGGCCAAGAUUGACUUGGCUGAACCUAAGAAGGAAGAGACUCCAAAGUCUGAACCAGCUGAAAAACAACAACCACCAGCAGCAAAGGAGGAAAAGAAACCGGAAGAGCCAGCUAAGCCAAAAAGUUCACCGCAACCAAUGACGUGGGCAGAUUUGGCAUACCAAGCUGUUCCAGCUUCAAAACCAGCUUCAAAACCAACAACGGCAAUAAGUACUACUACAUCCACUCCAAUUGCAACCAAAAAGACCCCAGUAUCCGCCUCUCAGCAACAAUCUCAUCAAUCAACUGGUGGAAGUGGUAGAUUUAAAAAAGAUGAAUGGUAUCCAAUCUACAUCCGUGGUAUUCGUUCCAUUGACGAAAAGACAUUGAGAGAUCAUAUCACUAAAAAAUUUGGUGAAUUGAAAUUUUUCAGAACUAAUCAAAACAUUGCCUUGUGUGAUUUCGUUUUAAAGGAAGCUCAAAAAAAAGCAUUGGAAGCUAAGGAGACUACGUUGGAUGGAGUCGUUAUCAAUUUAGAACCAAGAGAAUCCAAAACUGGUAACAAUUUCCAUAAUAACACCAGUGGUAAUAACAACAAUGGUGGCUAUAAAAGGAAGUUUGGCGACAAAGAUGGUAAAGAUAAAUUUAGCGACAAGAAAGGUGGUGGAAUCAAUGGAGGAGGUGGUGCCGGUGGUAAGUUUGUUGAUGGAAAGAAAGUUGCAGGAAAUGCAACUGGUGGUAAUAAACAAAAAUUGGGUAAAUUAAAUGCAGCAAAAUAA